CGCAAGGUCAAACACGACAUUAAUUCAAUUUCCCAUUAUAAUACCUACCAUUCGUUUUCAAUUUUUAACGAAGCACAGACACUAUAUCAAUGGAAAGUGUAUAUUAGUUUUACAGCUUAUCUAAACUAUCACAAAUAUUUAUUCGAUGUUCAUGAAAUUUAUACAGUGCGAACACAAAUAUUAUUGGUAGUGAACGUGAAGUGAUUUUUAGGGUGUUUUUGGGUAUUGAAGGUUGUUUUUGAAGUGUUUCUGAAACCUAAUAUAAAUCGAGAGAAACAAUCUAUACGGGAAGUUAUUUCAGAUACACUCUAUCUAUAUACCGGAAACGUAACAGACAAUUGCGACUAGAGUGAGAAAAAUAAUCUUUUUCGCGGUGUUCAUCUUAUAUCCCGAACAGUGACACAACUUUGCAAGUUUUCCCGAUCUUGUGAAAAACGACGCAUGUCUGAAGCAUCCCUAACGCCGAGGAAAACACACCGACCCUUAGUUCGCCAGAUGAGCUGAAAUCAGAGACAUUGUAGUGCGGUACAGCAUCGAUCGAAAACAGAAAACCAUGUCAGCCACGAGUACUCCAAGGAGGAAGCCUACUUUCCCAGGAUCCCUCACGGACUUGCACAGAUUCAGGAAGACUGCACAUGGCCAUGAUGGCUCUAGUAGAAUUGUUAUGGUGAGAAAGACUGAUCAGAGGACGUUUGCUUCCAUGCAAAACGGGCAGGAACCGAAGCUGGAGACAAUCACAAGAGAGACAAUCGAAACGUUUCGAGGAGAAAGGACUGAAUGCAAAAUUACGACUGAAACAAAAGAUAUUGACGAAAACUGUCCCCGUGACUUAAUAGAAGCUCUGACUGAUAAAAGUGUCAAGAAACCUAGUGUGAAGAGAAAAAACCCUAAGAUGGAUUUUCAAAACGAGUGCCUUCAAGCUCAUAAUGAGUACAGAACGAGACACGGAGUCCCUCCACUUAAGUUAAAUAGAGAUAUGUGUAAGGUAAGCCAAGACUGGGCUAAUCACUUAAUCAAGAAGGGAGUUUUACAGCAUAGUAGUAAUAGAGAUUACGGAGAAAACUUGUUCUGCAUACAGUCGACUAAUCCGCAUUUUACUAUCGAUGGGAAGGAAGCAGUGCAAAAUUGGUACGACGAAAUCAAAUGUUAUAAAUUUGGUCUCGAACCGAGUAGUUUAGCAGCUGGACACUUCACGCAGGUAGUAUGGAAAGAAUCCAAAGAGAUUGGUGUGGCUUACGCAAAAUCAGGCGGCAAAAUAGUGGUUGUAGCCAACUACUCGCCUCCAGGGAAUAUUAUAGGCUUCUUCACUGAAAAUGUGCCCCCUCCAGGGGGCUUCCGAGCGAACAAUAACCAUAUUGAUCUGUCAAGUAACAUGUCACAUCUGUCACUCAGCAAUUCAAAAUUUAGUCACAAGAGCACACAAAAUAUCACCGAAGGCAAUUUCGAAGAAGACUUUCUUGAAGCGCACAACAUCUACAGACAAAGACACGGAGUACCUCCUCUUAAGCUCGACAAAAAGUUGUGUAAGUACAGCGAAGAAUGGGCCAAGCAUUUAGCACAAAGAAACAUUCUCGAACACCGUCCUGGAAGUAACUAUGGAGAAAACAUUUAUUGCUUAUAUUCCUCUGAUCCAAAUUUCACAGUGAACGGUCAUACUCCGGUUGAUACUUGGUAUGAGGAAGUAGUGCACCACCCCUUUGGUAAGGAGCCCUGCAGCCUGAAAUCUGGGCAUUUUUCCCAAGUCAUUUGGAAAUCUAGCGAGUUUUUGGGAGUAGGAGUUGCGAAAAAUUCUCAGAAUAGCAUCUACGUAGUCGCCAACUAUUCCCCAGCUGGAAAUUUUGUGGGACAUUACGUAGAAAACGUACCACCUGUGAAACCUGCUUUCUAUGGUGAUAUGAUGGCGCAAAGAAAGAUCGAAAAUAAGACUGUUUUUGAACCUACCAAAUCUUCUUCUAUUGCUGCUGGGAAUUUCAACCAAUUUUGUUUAGAUGCUCUGAAGGUCCAUAACGAAUAUAGAAGACGACAUGGGGUGCCUGAUUUGCGGUUGAGUGAAAAG